AUGUCCGAUAUCGAAGAGCUCAACAUUACCGUGGCGGUUCGGUGUCGAGGACGAAAUCAGAAGGAAGUGGAAGCACGUAGUUCUGUGGUUGUGAGGGUACCAGAUGUCACUGGGGAAAACGAGGUAUCCAUAAACACGAGUGGCGAGACUGGUAUAGCAGCACAUCUAAAUUCGAAAACGUAUACAGUGGACAAAGUGUUUGGUCCAAGCGCAGAUCAGCAUCUGGUGUUUAAGAGCAUUGCAGAACCGUUAUUUCGAGAUUUCCUGAAGGGCUACAAUUGCACGGUUUUGGUGUACGGGAUGACUUCCACGGGCAAAACAUACACUAUGACAGGAGACGAGAGGUUGUAUGAUGGAGAAUUGAGCCAAGCUGCCGGUAUAAUUCCAAGGGUUCUUUUCAAAGUAUUCGAUGCUUUGGAAGACGCUAAUAGCGACGAUUACAUGAUCAAGUGCUCUUUUGUUGAGUUGUACAACGAAGAACUGAAGGACUUACUUGAUGAAGCUCACGACUCUAACAAUAAUGUACCGAAAAAACUGCGAAUAUUCGAUUCACCUGGUAACACAAACAAUGGUAACAGCGGUAGUCGAACAAAUUCGAGAACUAAUUCACCAAAAAUUGCAGAAAGUCAAUAUGCAUCUUCAAUGGCUUCAAACUACGCUUCACGACGCAGAAUGCGCAUGGGUCCAACUAUGUUGCCCAAAAGUGCGAGAACAGCACUACCGAAAUCCAGCUCUAAUGCAGAGAAUUCAUCGGCAAUUCACAUUCAAAACUUACAAGAGUUCCAUAUCAUGAGUGCAAAAGAAGGCAUACGGCUUUUACAAAGAGGACUGAAACAGCGACAAGUCGCAUCGACUAAAAUGAAUGAUUUCUCAAGUCGCUCGCACACUGUUUUCACAAUCAUGCUAUACAAAAAAUGCGAUGAUGAAAAUUUUCGAGUAUCCAAAAUGAAUCUGGUAGAUCUCGCUGGCUCCGAGAACAUCAACAGGUCUGGUGCACAAAAUCAGCGAGCAAAAGAAGCUGGUUCUAUCAACCAGAGUCUUCUAACCCUCGGUAGAGUAAUAAAUUCACUAGCAGACAAAAAUGCCCAUAUUCCAUUCCGCGAGUCAAAGCUGACAAGGCUACUACAAGAUUCUCUUGGGGGGAACACCAAGACGGCAUUGAUUGCCACAAUCUCACCAGCCAAAAUAAACUCUGAAGAAACAUCAAGUACAUUAGAGUACGCCUCUAAAGCUAAAAACAUCAAAAACAAACCUCAGGUAGGAAGUUUUAUUAUGAAAGAUGUCCUAGUAAAGAGUAUCACAGCGGAAUUGGUCAAGAUAAAAUCGGACCUCUUAUCUACUAAAUCCAAAGACGGUGUUUACAUGAGUCAGGAAAACUAUAAGGAGCUUACGAAUGAGUUGGAGAAUUAUAAAACCGAGGUUCAGGAAUGUCAACGAUCAAUCGAAAGAGUGAACACCCAAAAUGCCAUUUUACUGAAAGAACGGAAAAUUUCCAACGAACUUAACGAAUCCCAAAAGGCGAAAGUACGAAAUCUGGGAGACAACAUCGAAUACCUGUAUGACAAGAUUGACAGACAACACAAGAAUGAGCAAGAGCUCUCGAAUGUCGUGCAGGAACUUAUGCGCGCCCUUCAUGUCAUGCGCCAGUCUCUUCAACUUUAUGAGGAUCAAGGUCAGAGAUUUCAAACUGAAAUGGAAAAAGUACUUUACGAAAACGUUGGUUCUUUCAAAAAGUCACUGAUUAAUGAGAUCGAAAAGCUGAAAGAUAACAUAGACGAAGAUAGCAUCGAUGUUGACGGGAACAUAAAGCUGGUCAGUCAAGAGCUUUCGAGGAUUUUCGACCGCCUGAACUCAUCCAGCAAUGAAAUAAGUCAGAAAUUUGUUCAAGGUAUUUUACGAGACAGUCCAAAACACUUCCAAGAGAUUCACAGUCAGGUAGAAAAUAUCACUUCAGUUGUGGAAGCAUAUUCUUCAAGCCUAAUAACGCAUCUUAGCAGUAUCAGCGAGGAGUAUAACAAUUUGAAGGAUUAUCUUAAUGAACAGUUCUUUAAAAACAAUUUUCAAGAAGCAUUGGAUGUUCAUGUUGAGCGCACCUACCAUCAGUUGAAAUUAUCUGCCAAUUCGGUGUUCAUGAGUCUGAGGGAAAUAAUGAACGAGCACUUGGAGAAUAAUAAAAUUUCCAUGAUACAAAGUUUGAAGAGUGCUGCGGCGGAGGUUGUCGAAAAGGAAAUGGGGCUGUUGGACCCGGUCAAAACGGCAUGGGAGAAGUCACUAGAAAAUAUCAACGAUUGUGAUAAGCUGAAUAAUAAAUUUGAGAAUGAUAUGCGCUCAGCAGUGAAAGAGGUGUAUGGUAGGAUAGACAACGCAGCAGGCUCGUCGAACGCAGCACUGGUUGAAAUCGAAAACGACUUGGGACAGCUCAAGGAUGUUUCUGCGAACUUUCGCGAUAAUAGCCUCAUACAAAAUAACGUUGAAGGUAUCAAGCGGAAGCACGAACUUCUGAAAGUGCAGGUACAAAACAGUGCAGAUUACAUGCAAGCUGCCACGCAAAAAUUUGGUGAAAUCGAUCAAUCGAUUCAAGAUUUGUUGAGCACGCAGACUUCUCCGCAGCUGAAUAAUGAAGAGCGGAUAGGAAACCUUUUGGAACAACUAAAUGACAGACCGCUGAGACCUUUGGGUCCUUCGGGGAAGACUCCUAUGAGGAUAGCUUAUCAGGUAGGUCGAACAUCUGACGUGGUACAACAACCGUCAAUGAAGAGGUCAUGUUCGACUUCGCCCAUCAAGGAAAUAGAUGGAAACAGACGAGCUCCUUCUCCACUCAAGCGAAGACUAUUAGAAGACGACAUCUCAUUAAAGGCCAAAGAGAUAGAAUGA